UGACGAGCCCAUGGAUCCAUCUCUUAUCUGCCUGCCGCUCCGACCGUCGAUGGCGGGGGGAGGAAUCCCCUUUUUUUAGUCCUCGCAGGUGUCACGCUCGGGUAGAUGGCAAUGCUUUUUUUUUAGUUUGUCUUUCGGACUCCGUUCAUCCUCGAAUCCGUUCAUCUGAACGUAGUCGACGGAGUUCCGGCGUAGAUUUCUACCGUCUUUUUGGGACGGCAACGUCAGGGUUUUUCAUUGUGGGUGCACGACGAUGAUAUUUGAUGUUACUGCGGCUUCAGAUGGUGGGUGUACGCCGUUUUCCACGCAUGCGGGGUGGCCAUGGACGUGGUCGGCUCACGGCAACAUAUAACCCGCUGGCCCCGGCGUCCUCGAUCGAUCGGUGCACGGAGCGGAACGGCAGCUCCUUUUCGUCGUCACCUUGUUGUCUUGACUGACUCUCGGUGCCCCUCUGCCACUGUGCCGUACGGGUACUAGCUGCUUACGAUGGGCUUUCUCGGGGCUGGCAUGGCCAUGGCGACGGCGGCGACGGAGGAGGACACGACGCGGCUGUGCGACCUCCCGGAGGCGUGCGUGGCGCACGUGCUCGCGCUCACCUCCCCGAGGGACGCGUGCCGCUGCGCCGCCGUGUCGCCCUGCUUCCGCGACGCCGCCGAGUCCGACGUCGUCUGGGCGCGCUUCCUCCCACCGGACUACCGCGCCAUCCUCCAGCUGCACGAGGCGCCGGCGCGGCGCUUCCCCCUCUCGCGCUCCGGCUCCACGGCGGGGGCGGUGUCGGCGGCGUCGAGCAAGAAGGAGGCCUUCCUCGGGCUCACCGACGCGGCCGUGCUGGCGGACGGCGGCAGCAUGGCGGUGUGGCUGGCCAGGGGGAGCGGGGCCAAGUGCGUGGCGCUGUCGGCGAGGAGGCUCAGCUUGCCGUGGGAGGACGGCGAGUUGAGCUGGACGUGGACGCCCCACCCGCUCUCCAGGUUCACGGACGUGGCCCAGCUGGUGGAAUGCACGUGCCUGGACAUCUACGGCCGGCUCCCCACCGCGGCGCUGACGCCGGCCACCGCCUACGCAGUGUACCUCGUCUUCGCCACCACGGACGCCCACCGCGGCCUGAGCUUCCCGGACCAGGAGACAACGGUUAGCGUGGGUGGCAGUGCCCCGUCCCGCUAUACCGUGUGCCUUCGCCCCGACACCGCCGAGGCACGCAAGUUCAGAGGCGGCAAAGGUACGAAUGGUGGCGUCAACGUGAAGGGGCCGGUGCUACGCGGUGACGGGUGGUGGGAGAUGGAAAUGGGGCGGCUGCGCACCGGCAACGAGGCAGUGGCGGCAGAGGAGGUGGCGGUGAGCUUUGAGAUGCUGGGGUGGUACCACAAGCACGGGCUCGUCGUGGAAGGUGUGGAGUUCAGACCCCUAUGAUCAAUCGAUACCGGGGAUGACCUUGAGUUAAUACGACGUGUACAUUAUUUGUGCUAUGGGUUCAUCUCGUCGAUGGGCUAGCAUGCGGUGUGUGUGUAGCUUGUGAAUAGUAAUUUAGACAACUUGGUUCCAGUUUUCA